AUGGCACAAAAAGUAAAGAAUUCUAAAACCAUCCCAAAGUCCUCUAAUAUUUCGUCUUCUACUAAGUCAGUUUCACAUACAACAAAUAAAACAACUCAUGGAAUUUUCCAAGAUUUCCAAGAUGCUUUCAAUGCUACUAUACAACAUUAUUGGAAACAACAUGAACAAGAUAAAAGAUUAAGAUUGAUUGAUAUCAUGUGUAUAUUUAUGGUUGUUGUUGCUGCUUUACAAUGCAUAUUUAUGAUUCUUAUUAGGGAUAAUUUCCCAUUUAAUGCGUUUUUAUCUGGGUUUAUUAUAUGUGUUGGACAAUUUGUUUUAUUAGUAAGUUUAAGAUUACAAAUGGUAUCUGAUUUUGAAGGAAUUAGUAAGAAUAGGGCAUUUGGGGAAUUUGUCAUUGCUUCUUUAAUUUUACAUUUUAUUUCGUUACAUUUCAUUAAUUGA